AUGAGCACAGCAUCUUCAUCAACAAUCUACGUCGGCAACCUGCCUGCUCACUUGGACGAAUCAUCGCUGGCCUCGCACUUUGCCGUGUUUGGCGACAUUGUCUCGGUCUCUGUGCCCUCGACAUCGACUGCAGCGGGGAAGCGCAACAAGGGGUUUGGAUUCAUCACGUUUGCAACGCCGGACGACGCGCUGGACGCGCUGGACAAUAUGAACCUCAAUGCGAUCGGUGGGAGGACGAUCAGUGUUAAUUUGGCCGAUCCGAACAAGCUCAGGCAGGUAGGAGCGGACGGCGGGGGAGCGAGGAGUGGUAGGGCAGUGUGGGAUGACGAGGCGUGGCUGAAGCAGCAUGCUGUCGAGCCAGAGUCGAGUGGAGCACAGGCCGAACAACCCGACGCUUCGCCAUAA